GAGCGGAUCCGGCUCGGCAUCACGGCGGAGAGCCAGGCGGCGGCGUCGGCAGAGGUGGCUAAGGCGGCGCGCUUGGACGCUGAGGCGGACGCGGCGGAGGAGGAAGCGGAGGAGGAGGAGGAGGCCGAGGCAGCGGCGGUGGCGAUUGAGGAGGCUGCCGAGGAGGCGCAAGCGGCGGCCAAGGCGGCGUUUGAUGAGGCCAGGGCAGCAUUGGAGGCGGCCACGGCGGCACUGGAUGGGGCGCGGGCGGCGCUGGCUGGGAACAGCUACAACGUCCAGAAGGUCAUCGCGUGGCGGCAGAGAGCUGGGGGGAUCGAGCUUCUGACCGCUUGGGAAGACUACGAUGUCGAUGGUUGGACGUGGGAGCCCCUCGACAACAUCCCCCAGCGGUUUGUUCGGGCCUUUCAUGCGCAGCGCGAACGUCUCCCGACAUCCUUUUUCUACGUCGUGACCAGGAUGCGCGACCGGAUCGCCUUCAAGGUGAUCGAGAGGACCGGCCCGAUGUUUGGGCUUGCUGUCCUGGUCGAGGAGGCCUCCCUGCGCGAGUAUGCGCUCGCGCUGCUGCAGUACUUCUCUACUCCUCCGAGCGGCACAAAGGCCAAGAUCGCGGUCAAGGAGGACCACUGGCAGCGGGCGCACACACUCACCAUCUUCUCGCAGGAGCACGCCGCGUGGAUCGUGUCGCUGCACGAGUCGCGGCCUACCCACGGCGUCGGCGCGCUCCGCAUCAGGGGCGCGCGACGCAUGUCCAACAUGCUGCUCGUCGCGUGCAAUGCUCGCACGCCGAUGCGCCUCUCCUUUGUGGAGCCGCGCGCAGGCGGCUCCGACGCGCCUGCCCCCGGCUCCUACAAGUUCACGGUCGAGUUCACCACCGUGGGCAUCAACUCGGCGACGAGCGACAUCAUGCCGUACACCGCGCCGACGGACGAGCUGCGCCUCGAGAUGGCAGAGGCGCACGCGCUGGUUGCGUACGCGAAGAAGACGCUCAAGCAGCCGUGGGCGGCGGAGCCUGUCCGGCACAGGCUGCGCGCUAGCGGCUGGUGCGACCAGCCGGUGGCGUUUCAGUAG